AGUUCAUUCAUCGUUUUGUUACUGUUCAUUGUUUGAUUUGUCUGCAAAUUUAUUUUCUGUAGAAACUAUAAGUCGUUCAAAGUGAAUAAAAUAUGUUUUAAAAAACAUAAAAGUAUUUCAAAGAAAAUUUCUGUAUUGAGACAUGGCGACUAAAGAACAAAUGAAAAGAAGUUUCAAGUUAUUCACGUCACCAUCAAGGUUAUUCAGUACAAAAUAUACAGAUUUAAAAUUUGUAUUACCAUUAAUAUAUAACUAUUUGCGAGCCUUGCGGAAACUAAAACGCGUGUCGAAAAUGUUAAUUUUAUUUUGUGAUAUCAUUAUUUUGGUGUUAGUUUUUUUUAUCUACUUGCUUAUUAAGAAAUACGAGAAUAGUAGAUAUUUAAAGAACCUUCAAGGACCCAAACCAAACUUCUUUUUAGGAAAUGGGGACCAAUUUCUAUUCAAAACAAAGGAGCAAUUGCUGGAACUUAUGAUGGAUAAUUUUAAAAUACACGGACGUCUCAUAAAAAUCUACAUUGGUCCUGUGAAGCUGGGUAUAGUUACGGCGGAUGCUACUUUCAACGAACUCCUUUUAUCUUCCACGAAAAUCAUAGAUAAAUCUCAGUAUUAUGGAUUUUUACAUGCUUGGUUAGGUACAGGAUUACUGACAAGUACAGGUAAAAAAUGGAAAAAACAUAGGCGUAUCAUAACCCCCACUUUCCAUUUUUCAAUAUUGCAUAAUUACGUAGAAGUUUUUGAAAGUGUGGGUGACGUUUUUAUAGAAAAAUUGGGAAAACACGUUGGCAGCAGUGGCUUUGAUAUAUUUCCUUUAGUUACACUAUGCACUCUGGACGUAAUAUGUGAGACUGCUAUGGGUACAAAACUUGACGCAUUAAAUAACGGAAGUUCGGAAUACGUCAAGAGCGUUAGAACAAUGUGCUCCAUAUUUAUAGAUAGAAUAUCUUCAGUUUUGCAUCCUUCUCUAUACUGUUUAACACCAAAUUACUAUAGGGAACAAAAAGCCUUGAAAGUCCUUCAUCAUCACACUGAAAGCAUCAUUGAAAAGAGAAUAGAGGAAAUGUCAAGAAAGGAUGAAUCUUCAUACGUAGACACAAAGGUUAAGAAGAAGCGAUUGGCGUUUUUGGAUCUUUUACUAAAUAGUAGAGUGGAUGGAGAAUCUCUAUCGAGAGAGGAAAUUAGAGAAGAAGUUGAUACAUUUAUGUUCGAGGGUCACGAUACUACAGCUGCAGCAAUAAGUUUUGCUUUAUAUUGUUUGUCUACAAAUCCAGGAGUUCAGGAAAAAGCGUAUCAAGAGCAGAGAAAUAUUUUCGGUAAAAACUUGAAAAAUGCCAAACCAACCAUUCCACAAUUGCAAGACAUGAAAUAUUUGGAUAAAGUUUUAAAAGAAACAUUGAGGUUAUACCCGUCAGUGCCUUUUCUAGCAAGAAGGACCCCAUCAGAAGAAAUGAAAUUCGGUGAAUAUACACUUCCUAAAAAUAUUGAUAUUUUGAUUUCAAUAUUCGCAAUGCAUAGAGAUCCGAUAUAUUUCCCAGACCCAUUGAAAAUGGAUCCUGACAGAUUUGACGAUGAUUCGAAUAGAAGCAAUUCUUUUGUUUAUACCCCUUUUAGUGCAGGACCUCGAAAUUGUAUUGGUCAAAAAUUUGCUAUGCUGGAGAUGAAAAGUAUUAUUUCCAAAGUUUUAAGAAAUUACAAACUUUUACCGACCAAUCCGUUCCAUGAAAUCAAAUUAGUUGCAAAUAUUGUUUUAGGAUCUAAUAAUGGUAUUUGUUUAACUUUAGAAAAACGUAUAGAUGAUUAGUGGAACUGGAAUUACGUUUUUACAGUCCCUAAUUUUAUAUUUAUCUCCAUUAUUCAUCUAUACAGACGGAUAAUAAUAGUUUAAAGUUGGGCAUAUGUAGUAAAUAAAACGAUAUAAUAAAUAAAAUAAAGUAACGGAUCCCAUGGAUAAUCCCUGUAGCGUUAAUAAUGAAAAUUUGAAAUAAAAUUAUUAAAAAGUC